AUGAAGCUCCCAACUUGGUUCAAAGUUGUGCGCUUCACCACCACCAAGCUAAACCCCGAGACGACCACGAUAGAGCGACGACCAACAUACCACACGUCUGGUCAACCAGUCUACGCCCACCACGAUGAGGGCGUUGCCGCAGGUCUUGCCGAGGCCAAGAGCAUGUUGAACCACGUCGCCUCCUCCUACACAGAGCUCCAGAACGAGUACUGCUCUCUCCCUCUCCACACCCGCCGUGACCUCCACACACCAGCCAACGAGGAGCUCGUCUACGCAGCCGCCAUUCUCGAGCCAGACCCAAAGGGUGUCUGGUCUGAGACCUCUCCCCACGGCAACGAUGAGAUCCGCCCUGUUGCUCGCGACUGGUACACUAGUAUCGGUCAGCUUCUCAACGACUUCUCUCACAAGGAUGUCGAUCGGUUCUCGUCGGAGUACAUCACGAGCCUCCACAACCGCGUUGACGCUGAGGUCGCCCGUUGCACAAAGGGGCGCCAGAUGGUGGACUACAUCAAGCAGUGUGCAUCGCCGGAGCCAUCCAUCUCGAUCGAAGUCACCUUGGACGAGUGGAACGAUGCCAUGAACGACAUCGUGAAGGGCACCUUCGUUUCCUACGCCAUCGACGCCGCAGUCGAUGCAUCGCAGCGACCUUCAAACGUUCCACCGCCUAGCUUCAAUGGUAGAGGCAUCAUCGACUACUUCGAGUUGAGCAUCGAUCAGCCACUCUGGCCGUCAGCAAAUCUCGUCGGCCAACCGAAGUCGAGACCUUCACCACGCUGGAGAGCACAGUCGAGCACAGGCCGCACCACACCACUACCGUCAUCACCCCCUCCACCCUAUCAUCCAAUCCGAAUCCCUGCGUACCUUUCUGGCUAUGGGACUCUGUCCAAUGACCCCUAUCCGAUUCUCAGGUAG